UAUGCAAAAUAUUAUCAUCGAUAACAAGAUUUGUAUAUUUUUAAAUCAUUGCAAAUUAAUAAAAGAACUUUACCAACAACACACGGACACUAAACUAAAAUCGUAUGCCUUAAAACCACAACUAUUUCACUUUCAUCCAAAACAAAACAAUGUUACUGUGGAAACCUCCCCAAAUUCAAAACAAAUUAAAAAACUUAAUCGCAAAAGAAAAGCGGAAACGGAAAAUGAAACAACACUACAAGAGACCCUACUGUUGCAGCCAUUUCUUAAGGAAAUACAAGAAAAUUUCUUACAAUCAACAGAUAAUCUUGAGGAACUGCCUCGUUUAUGGGAAGAAUCGCAAGAAUUCCCUCAAUUUCGUGGUGCCAAUGCAACAAAUUCCUUUCAAAUAACCAAAUUCUAUGAACAAAACUAUAUUAUACCGCCCAAAACAAAAUUCUUUAAUUACAACAUUGAGGAACUACAUAAAUUGUUGCCAGAACUGGAAUGUUAUGAUUUAUUGAUAAUGGAUAUGCCCUGGCUAAAUAAAUACAUCAGACGUUUGAAAAAAGUCAAACAAUCUUUAGCCUAUCAAAUGCUAGACAAUGAUACCCUUAAGAAAAUGCCCAUUGACCAACUGAUACACACCAACUCUUUGGUUCUAUUAUGGUGCACCAAUUCACCACAACAUCGUCAAGCUCUAGAACAAGAUUUUCUACCCAGUUGGAAUUUACAAUUGGUUCAUACUGUUAAAUGGUUUAAGAUUAAUACCCUAGGCGAAUUAAUAAGUCCUCUUAAGGCGGAGGGUUUCAAACAACCCUAUGAAUUGUUGUAUAUAACUUGUCAUAAAGAAAGAAAUGUCAAGGAUUUACAGGAUAUCACAAAAGUAGAUUUUCUUAUAAGUAUACCCAGUAUUAUACAUUCUCAUAAGCCACCUUUGGUACAAUGGCUAAAGAAUUUUCUAUGUAAUGGAAAGAAUUUUAAAGGUUUGGAAAUUUUUGCCCGUUAUUUACAGCCUCAAUUUACCUCAAUUGGUUUGGAGGUGUUAAAGUUGAUGGAUCAACGUUUGUAUGAGGAGACUGAAGAUUGCCUAGGAAUCUUUAAGGAAGAUUAGUUUAAGUUGUGUUUGUACAGGAAAUAUUUUAAGAAAUAUUUUUUUUUAAUAAAAAGUUGACCAAUCUGUUGUUUAAA